AUGUUGUUCAGUCUUCUGUUCGCCGCGUCCUUGGUGGCUGGGAACCCGCCAGCGUACAACGCGGCUCCAUAUUCCUACGGUAUCCGCUCGAGACAGGACAAUGGCGCCCGAGGCAACGAUACUUCUCCGAUCGAGGUCGACUUAUGGUACAGUAUUUAUCGAGGCAUAUUCAACUCCACCACAAAUCAUAAUGUCUUCCUCGGCAUUCGAUAUGCACAAGCACCUGUGGGCAAGCUGCGGUGGCAAGCCCCUCGUGCACCCCUCGUGAACCGCAGCGAUACGAUUGAAGCUUUGGAACCUCCGUCACAGUGCCCACAAGGUUAUGCUGGAAGCUAUAACAUCCUGUCAACCGAUCAGACUGGAUCGUCAGAGGACUGUCUAUUCCUGAACGUGUGGAGUCCGAAUACUGUCUUGGACCGUCUACCGGUGUUGGUUUGGAUCCAUGGAGGGGGUUAUGGCGAAGGCAGUGCUGCUACGGUUUCACUGGAUACAAUUGUGAGCACUAACAACAACACGUUUGUCGCCGUAGCGAUACAGUAUCGACUGGGUGCUUUUGGGUUCCUCUCAUCGGACGAAGUAUUUCGAAAUGGUGUUGUCAAUGCUGGCAUACUCGAUCAGACAAUGGCGCUCCAAUGGGUGCAGCAGUAUAUCCAUGUUUUUGGUGGUGACCCCGACAAAGUCACCAUCAUGGGCGAAAGUGCAGGCGCAGGAUCUGUCAUGCUCCAGACCAUGGCAUACGGUGGCACGUUAGGAACAAUAUUGUUCAGAAACAGCAUUGCGGCGAGUCCAUAUCUGCCUAUGCAAUAUGGGUACAAAGACUGGCAGCCGUCACAGACUUACUACGCCUUUGCCGCCGAGGCUGGCUGCGCUGCGAAGAGGCCUUACGGCGCGAACGGCAGUGUGCCCAUCUUUGAGUGCUUGCAAAAUGCUACUUCGGAGCGACUCAUAAACGCCAGUGCUACUAUAUCGCAGUCUGGCGCGUAUGGGUCUUGGUCAUUCCUGCCUGUCACCGAUGGCGUCUUCAUCCAGGACCUACCCAGUCGACAACUUGGACGUGGUAAUGUUAACGGUGUCAAUGCCCUCUUGGGUAAUAAUGCAAACGAAGGAGCCGGUUUUGUGCCUCAGAAUAUACUCACUGAGGAUAACCUUGUUGCCUGGCUGAGAUCGGCUUUCCCGCUUUUCAGCAAUAUUGACAUCGCCAAGGUGCUGUAUUACUACCCAAGUAGUAAUGCCUCCACCAACCCAGACGCCGCACUCUGGGCAACCAGCGGCAACAAUGGAACGACGGCCUUGAAUCAAUCUUCCGCUGCCACAGGCCAACAACAACGUGCGGCGAAUAUUUACGCAGAGACAACAUUCGUCUGUCCCAGCUACUGGCUGGCGGAGGCAUUCUCCGAGAACGAGAUGUGUGGACAAGCAUACAAGUAUCAGUUCUCAGUGGCGCCCGCACUGCAUGGAGAUGACUUGCGUGCGAUCUUCCUGCCUCUCGACGACCCGCCAUACACGUCCGAUUUCAGAGUCGCCUUCCAGAGAAUGAUCGGAAACUUCAUCACGCAUUCGAAUCCGUCCAUCUCGCAACAGGAGGACAUCGGUGUUAGCAUAUCACAGAAUUUAUCUACGAGCACUGCUGGACCGGCUGUCGAAUGGCCGCCUUUCAGUAUCCAUGCCCCUUAUCAGGUGGACUUCAACACGACUUGUGGGAGUGACAGGAUACCGGAUGGAGAUGAGUCGUCUGGUUUAUAUUACUGUUCUGGACCUGGGACGAACAACGACUUUAGAUUAGUCAAUGCGUAUAGUUGGGAGGGCGGUCGUGGUAUUCGAUGCGAUUUCUGGCGAUCGACGGGAGAGCUUGUGCCUGAAUGA